GCACCGGCCUGGCCGCCGCCCGCUGCAGGGAGAAGCCGGGGGCUGCCUGCAGCCGGAGGCUGGGAAGAAAAUGAGAUUUCCGCCGUCCCUCCCGCACGGCAGGAGCCCGGCCCCUCAUCCUCGCGGGGGCACCACCGGGCCCGCCCCCGCCUCCAGAUGGCGGCCGGGGGAGGGGCGGCGGCAGCGAGCGGGUCGUGCUGCCUGCCGGGGCAUGUCGCGACCUGUCGCUCGCCCCGGCAGGUCGAUGGGAGUGCUGCUGCUGCUGCUUUGCUGCCUGCUGCGGGCGGGCAGUGCUGCUCUCCUGGUGCCUGCCGGCAGCUGGCCUGGGGAGGAGAGCGGCGGCAGCGGCCCGGGCCGCGCCCCGUCGGACGGAGGCGGCCGGGAGAGGGAAGCGGCGGCCCUGCGGGAAAGUGCUAAAAGAAUCAGAUUGCUGAAUUCAUCAUCAAAAGAUAAUACAACUGCUUUCUAUGGAAUAAAUCAGUUUUCUGACCUGUUUCCUGAAGAGUUCAAAGCUAUUUACUUAAGAAGCAUGCCUCACAAACUUCCCAGAUACGUUAAAGUGCCAAAUGGAAAGGAAAAACCUUUGCCAAAGAAGUUUGACUGGAGAGACAAGAAAGUCAUUGCACAAGUGAGAAAUCAGCAAACAUGUGGAGGCUGCUGGGCUUUCAGUGUUGUGGGUGGUAUAGAGUCUGCCUAUGCAAUUAAAGGAAAUAACCUGGAAGAACUCAGUGUACAGCAGGUUAUUGACUGUUCGUACAAUAAUUAUGGCUGCAGCGGAGGAUCCACUGUUAGUGCUUUGAGCUGGCUGAACCAGACAAAAGUAAAACUUGUGAGAGAUUCAGAAUACACUUUUAAAGCUCAGACAGGACUAUGCCAUUAUUUUGGUCCCUCAGGUUUUGGAGUUUCAAUAACGGGAUUUGCUGCAUAUGACUUCAGUGGUCAGGAAGAAGAAAUGAUGAGGAUGCUUGUUAACUGGGGUCCCUUGGCAGUAACAGUAGAUGCAGUUAGCUGGCAGGAUUACCUUGGUGGGAUUAUACAGUAUCACUGCUCCAGUGGAAGGGCAAAUCAUGCUGUUCUCAUCACUGGUUUUGACAGAACAGGUAGUAUCCCUUACUGGAUUGUACAGAAUUCUUGGGGGCCUACAUGGGGAAUAGACGGCUAUGUUCGUGUUAAGAUAGGCAGCAAUGUCUGUGGUAUAGCAGAUACAGUUUCAGCAGUAUUUGUUUGACACUUACUGGCCAAAGACCAUGAUUAUUGUUUGGCACUCAUUGUAUUGGCACUCACUGAAGAUUUACUUCAGAGCAACGUUGUCUAAAAUGGGAAGUGACUGCAAGGGCAAUUCCUGCUCUUAGGCAGUACAGGAGUGGGUUGGCUGGAGUUUAAGUGUUUUUAUUGGACUGUGUGUUGCAUGUCAAAUAUCUUGUGGAAUGCGAAGACUCAGAAUCAGCUGCAUAGUAUGCAAAAAGAAGUUACCCAGAUGGACUGAAACUCUGAAUGUACUACUCCAUGAAAAGGAAAGACAUGAUGAAAGGUGAUAAGGAAUUUGGAUCAAAUAAUCAGUAGUAUGGCAGAAUAUCAUCAAAAUGCUUUGUAUAUAAGAGCUACCAUGAUUAGGCCUGGUGUUAUUGCAGGGGAGGAAGAAAAGAUCUGUUUUGCUUGGAUACCUAUCUUGGCUUUUCUAGCACCUCUGACAGAUGCAUAUUUUAUCUCCUCCUUUUUAUGAGAUCCUACUGUUUCUCUACUGCUACAAUAAUAUAAGAAAAGAAAUGGAAAGUUGUUAUUACCUGAGUACCCCCUCUAUCUGAAGUGCUGCAGUCCUUCAGUUUCAGCCUUCAGACCUUUGUUGGGUAAACAUAACUUCAGAGCUCUUCAGAGCAGGGAGUGUUGUUUUGAAAAGUGCCUAGAAAAGUGUCUUCUGCAUUGAUUUGUUACAUGGAUGGAAAAGUAAGAAGUAACUGCAUGUAGACAAACCAAGGCAGUUCUAGUGAUGAAACAUCCUGGUUCCUGGCAGGAUGUAUUUGGAGAUCAGCUUUGCUAUGCUUUGAGAGCUGUGUCAGUUCCAUGCCUUCCCUCUUCUCGGCUUCACAGCUACCAGGGAAGCCAAUUGCAAAGCAGAAAUAAUUUAUUAUAGAAAUUAUUAUAGAAUUUAUUAUAGAAAUUUAUUAUAGAAAAAAUUGUGUGGGUGAGGGUUGCUAGUGGGUUUGCCACCUUUGGGAACUCAGCAAUUACAGAAUACUCCACAUAGAAUGGAUGUUAAAUUUCUCACAUUAAUUUAAUUCAUAGGUGGGACUUGCUGGGAAUCAUAAGGUAUUUCCAGCCCUGGCUGGUGUGUAAAACUGCACUUGCAGGCAAAUGUAACUAGACUUCAAAACCAAACACGUAAUUCUAAAAUGCUCUGAAUCUUUCAUCUGGAACACUGUCCCUGUAUCAUUUCUGAAAAAUUACUAUGAAAAGUAUUGAAGCAAUUUUGUGAUUUUUGCACUUAAUUACUAUAUCAUGUUAAUAGAUCAAUGUUUUGUUAUCUUUUUAUGACAAAUGCAAUAAUAAUUGUCUAUUUUUAGUAUUGUCAUUUUAGUUCUCCUACUUUUAAGUGUUAAUAUUUUAAAUUAUGAAGGCCUACUGUGUAUUUCCAAGGGAAGCAUUUAAAAAGACCAGAGUCCAUCUAAUGAGAAGACAACACAGCUUUAUCAAUAUUCUAUAUUGAUAUAUAUACAUAUUGAUAUUCUAUAGCCAAAUUUGCCUCACUUUUAUUAUAUAAAAAUUUUAUCCUUAUUUCCAUUAUAUUUUGAAUAAAAAAACACUUCAAAUGCC